AUGAAACCCCUCAUUGCUAUUCUUCUACUCGCUGUCAUUUCUCUAGUUUCUGCUGAAUCAGAGAUAGUGGAAAGUAGAUUCAUUGGAGAAGACUAUAAGUACUCAGUUUGGAGUGAUGAAGCAGUCGGAUUCAAGUUUGAACCGAGGGAAGGAGGCAGUGACCAAUUCUAUUAUUUCUGUGAGAAGACCAAGAAGAAGAAUUGUGGAUCCUGGGUUGAUGAGAAAGGCAACAAAAUGAAGUCGGCUAAUCUUAAAGUGACACUCAAGGGCGGCGAAGCUGUCUUCUCGAAGCUUCAGAAGAAAGACACUGGACGUUACUACUUGAUUGCCGAGGAUCUGAAGAAAGACCUUGGAGUAACGAGACUUAUCAUUCAGGAUCCACCACCACCACCACCACCAAAGUAUUGA